AAACCUCUCUCUCUCCCUCUCUCCACUUCCCUUUCUUUCUACUUAACCCCACCUUUUUUUUCUAUUCACUUACUUUACCCACUCUCUUUCUUUCCACUCACGUCACAGACACCUGGUGCGCACUGCGCACCUCCUCCUCCUCCUUCCGAAUCUUUCGUUCCGAGGAGCUCUAGAUCUCCAUCUCAACUUCCUUUUGUUCUAUGAUGCUCAUGCUCCGAGUUCGAGUGGCCAUGCCUACGGCGGUUCGGUGUUCGAUGUUUCUGUUGACGGCUUGGCUGAUGGUUCGGAAUGCUGGUGCGGUGACUACGGCCACGUCCUCUUUGUCUUCGAGGCUGGUCCACCGGUUCUCCGACGAAGUAAAGGAGCUUAGGUUUUCUGGAAACGGUAGUGCGAAUGGGUCGUCGUGGCCGGGCCGGAAGUGGAGCAUUGAGUACUAUCAGAUGCUACUGAGCAGUGACUUCCGGAGGCAGAACAUGAAGCUCGGAGCUCAGUACCAGCUUCUAUUUCCAUCCCAGGGGAGCAAAACGAUGUCGUUCGGAAAUGACUUCGGAUGGUUACAUUACACGUGGAUUGAUAUUGGCACACCGAACGUUUCGUUUCUUGUUGCAUUGGAUGCUGGGAGUGAUCUACUUUGGGUUCCAUGCGAUUGCGUACAAUGUGCUCCCCUAUCUGCCGGUUACUAUAGUAGUUUGGAUAGAGAUCUAAAUGAGUACAAUCCAUCUGGUUCAAGCACCAGCAAGCAUCUAUCUUGCAGCCAUCAGUUAUGUGAAUCAGGUCCAAACUGCAAAGGUCCCAAGCAGUCAUGUUCUUACACUAUAAAUUACUUCUCAGAAAACACCUCAAGUUCUGGAUUGCUAGUUGAGGACGUGUUGCAUCUUGCAUCAGGAGGUGAAAAUGCAUCAAAAUAUCUAGUUCAUGCUCCAGUCAUCAUAGGGUGUGGUAUGAAUCAAAGUGGUGGUUACUUGGAUGGUGUGGCUCCUGAUGGUCUCAUGGGUCUGGGACUUGGAGAGCUAGCUGUUCCUAGUAUUCUUGCUAAAGCAGGAUUGGUCCGGAACUCUUUCUCAAUGUGUUUCAAUGAGGAUGAUUCUGGGAGGAUUUUUUUUGGGGACCUGGGACCAGCCAGACAACAGUCUACUUCAUUCUUACCUUUAGAUGGAAUAUAUAAAACCUACAUUGUUGGGGUGGAGGGUUGUUGCAUUGGAAAUUCUUGCCUUAAGCAGACAAACUUCAGGGCACUGAUUGAUAGUGGAACAUCAUUUACAUUUCUUCCAGAUGAUGUCUAUGAAAAAAUAACAAAGGAGUUUGACAGACAUGUAAAUGCUACAAGGUCUAGCUAUGAAGGAUCUCCUUGGAGGUAUUGCUACGAGUCCAGUUCACAAGAGUCGCUCGAGGUUCCCUCUCUGACACUGGUUUUCCCAUUAAACAACAGCUUUGUGGUCCAUAACCCCGUUUUCACUAUCCAUGGCGAUCAGGGAGUUCUUGGUUUUUGUUUAGCCAUACAGCCAGCAGAUGGAGACAUUGGAACAAUUGGACAGAACUUCAUGACGGGAUACCGGAUGGUAUUUGAUCGGGAAAGUUUGAAGUUAGCCUGGUCACGCUCAAAUUGUCAAGAUCUCAGUGAUGGUAAGAGAAUGCCCCUUGCUUCUCCAAGUGGCACGCCAUUGAAUCCAUUGCCAACCAAUGAGCAACAGAGCAGCCCUGGUGGACAUGCAGUUGCUCCUGCUGUUGCUGGAAGAGCUCCCUCCAAACCAUCAGCCGCCUCAAGUCAGCUCAUUGCCUCUAGGUUCUGUUUGCUAAGAUUGUUGCCCGAGCUGCUUCUACUUGUCAAUAUCAUUUCAGUUUUUAAAGCAGAUACUGGCAUCAUCUAAUAGAUUAUUUAAGUAGUCUUAAAUGUAAAUCCUGGGUUCCUUCCUCCUCACUUUCUCAGUUUCUAUUUUCUCCCCCCUUUUUUUUUUGUUCCUUUCUUUCUCCCCAAAUAUAUAAAUGGGUAGCUGUUGUGUCAUCCAAUGCCAGCAACUUUUUAUCUUGUGUGGGUCAUUGGAUUAGUCGGGGCUUAUGGGACAAUUCCUGUAUUUCUUUUGCUUUUUGUUUGUAUUUAUAUUUUAGUUAUCUUCCUUAAUUUUAUCUA